AUGGAUGAAACGUCCAACGUACCCGCGCUCAUAUACACAUCGAAUGUUCAAUACUUGAGUCAGGGAAGUUGCCAAGUCGAAAUCAAUAAUAUAAAAAUUAACCUAUGUUCGGAAGAACAACGACACUACAGGAGCAGUGCAGCUUACACAUUUUUCUAUGUAGAUAGUGGUACCGUGGAAACGUUAACUUUAAAUUAG